AUGGCUUUACUCCGGCAUGAGAUUAACAGCGGCUGGUCUUUCAAGCAGAAGGAUGACGAGUCGGAGAAUCCGUGGCUUCCUGUCGCCAAAGUGCCCAGCGAAGUUCACGUUGACCUCCUUGCGAACAAAAAAAUCCCUGAUCCCUUUCUGGACAUGAACGAAUUGGCCGUUCAAUGGGUCGCUGAGAAGGAUUGGGUGUAUAGAGCGGAGUUCCCGACGCCCAGCAACUUUGUUACCGACGGCGCGGUGACGGAUCUCGUGUUCGAGGGUCUGGACACCUUCGCCACCGUCACCCUCAACGGGACCGAGAUCUUGAAGUCUGACAACAUGUUCUUGGAGCACCGGAUCCACGUCUCUGAGCAUCUGAAGAAAGAAGGCGACAAUGUCCUGGAGAUAGUCUUCGACUCGGCUCUGCUCCGCGGGAGGGAACUCGUGGAGAAGCACUCCCAUGAACACCGCUUCAUCGCCCGCCAGACCGAGCAGGGACGUAUCCCGGUGAGAAAGGCGCAGUACCACUGGGGUUGGGAUUGGGGCCCGAUUCUCGUUACUGCGGGCGUCUGGAAGCCCGUGUUUCUGGAACAGUACGUCGCGCGUGUGGACGACGUCUGGGUCAAAGGCGAAGUGAGCGCCGACCUCAAGACCGUUUCCGGGCAGGUCAUUGCAAAGGCCCAGGGCCUCGCAGGCGCGAAGCUCGCCGUGACUUUCAGCCUAGGCGAUACGAUUGUGCAGGGAAAACAGCUCACUGUUAACGAUGACGGCACGGCGCAGGCUGGUUUCCAGCUGGAGAACCCCGAGUUAUGGUACCCAUUCAGCUACGGCUCGCAGACGCUCUACACCGUCAAAACUUCCCUUCUCCACGAGGACGGCAGCGUCCUCGACACAGUCAACAAGAAGACCGGUUUCCGCCGCGUGGAGCUGAUUCAAGAACCAGACGACCUGGGCAAGUCCUUCUACUUCCGCAUCAACAACGUCGACGUAUUCGCGGGCGGUUCGUGCUGGAUUCCCGGCGACAGCUUCCUGUCCACCAUCACACCCCAACGCUACCGUGACUGGGUGCAGCUACUCAUCGACUCUAACCAGAUUAUGCUGCGAAUGUGGGGCGGCGGCGUGUACGAGGCGACGCCGUUCCUGGAGGCCUGCGACGAGCUCGGCGUGCUGGUCUGGCACGACUUCUGCUUCGCGUGCGGGAGUUACCCGACGUACCCGUCCUUCCUGGCGACUGUCGAGGAGGAAGCGAGGCAAAACCUGAAGCGGUUGAGGGGCCACCCGUCGAUUGUCAUCUGGGCCGGCAACAACGAGGACUACCAGGUCCAGGAGCGGUAUAAGCUCGACUACAACUACGACGAGGAUAAAGACCCCGAGUCGUGGCUGAAGUCUAGUUUUCCGGCUCGCUAUCUUUACGAGUACCUGCUUCCCAAGAUUGUGGAAGAGGAGAGCCCGCAUACCGUCUACCACCCCAGUAGCCCAUGGGGAGACGGCAAACCCACGGCGGACCCGACCGUCGGAGACAUUCAUCAGUGGAACAUCUGGCACGGCGCAAUGAACAAGUACCAAGACGCACAUCUCCUGACAGGCCGGUUCAUCAGCGAGUUCGGACAAGAAGGCUAUCCGCACCUCUCCACGACAAAAGCCAUGAUCACGUCCCCCGCGCAGCGCCGGCCGGGUAGUAUGGCAAUGGACUUCCGGAACAAGGCGUACGACCACGAGAGGCGCAUGAUGACGUACAUUGUCGAGAACUUCUCCGUCAAGUACGACCUGGAGUGGUUCACGUACCUCACGCAGCUGAUGCAGGCGGAGACCAUGGCGUUCGCGUACAAGACCUGGAGGCGCGACUGGGGGCGUCCCGGGAGACGCGGCUGCGGCGGCGUGCUGGUGUGGCAGUUGAACGAUUGCUGGCCGACUGUUUCGUGGGCCGUGGCGGAUUACUGGCUUGUCCCGAAGCCGUCGUUGUACGCUAUUGGGAGGGCGUUGAGUGUGUUUGAUGUUGGUGUGUGGAGGAGGGUCGAUGAAUGGUCCAAGUGUCAUGCCGACCCGACGUUAGGGGCGCGCGGGACGGAGUUUGAGGUCUGGGUUGCCAGUUCAAAGACGGAGCAGGUUGACGCGGAGGUUGUGGUGCGGUUUGUUUCGAUUGACACCGGCAAGGAAGUGAGGGAGAGGAUAGAGAGGAAGAUUGUGAUUGCUGCCAACGCGACGACGGAGGUGGUUGAGAAGACGAAGGUCAAGGCGUUGAAGAGCGAGUUCGAGGACGAGACGUUACCUUUCUCUCCCGAGGACGAUAUCCCGUUCGUCAUCCACGCGACGCUUUCUGUGGGCGGGGAGAUUGUUUCCGAGCACUCUUCGUGGCCGCAGCCGUUGAAGUAUAUCGAGUUUUCGGACAGGAAGGUUAAGGUUGUGGCUGAUGGAAAUAGACUGGUUGUGAGCGCGGAGAGGCCGGUGAAGGGCUUCAUUAUUCAAGAGGAGCGGGGCGUCAAGCUUAGCGAUAACGGGUUUGAUCUUGUCCCUGGCGUGGAGAAGGUUGUCGAGGUCAAGGGGGCAGAGGCUGCAAACUUGAGGUGGACAUACCUCGGAGCGCCCGAAUCAUCAAUAGGUAUUUCUGCGUAG